CGGCAUGGUAUUCCUGGUGAUAUCUGGUGAUGCGAGCUAGUAUAUUCCAACCUCGGUUUUGCGAGCAAACGUGAAACGCUCGUCUUUCUGAUCCCCCGGUUGGUGCGAUGUCCUCCUGCUGACCCCCUGAAGGGAGCUCCUGACCAACAACGGAAUCCCGGGAAUGCAGGUUGGGCUUCUCCUCUUUGAGACCAACAUAGGGAUGUCUGUGAGGAUCUCCACCCGAGGAGACACAUGGAGACCCUUGCAAAGCAUGUUUUCUGGAGCUACUACCUGCUAGCAUCGUCCGAGGACAGGGGCAGUCUCAAAUUGCAGACAGCAAGGAUGUCUAGGCAUAUAUAGGGCAUUGCGCCCCGUGCAACGGUCAGCGACCCACAGCGACAUCGAACAGGCCAUCAUGAAGGCCUUCCUCUGGCUUUUACUUUCCCUGACCGUGCUGGCCGUUCCGACCAAACGGGACGCAGCUCCCACCGUCGCGAUCGAACACCCCUCCGCCACAUUCAUCGGCAAGGCCGGCGAUGUCGAGACCUUCAACAACAUCCCCUUCGCGCAGCAGCCCACUGGCUCGCUGCGCCUGAAGCCCCCGCAGCCAUUGGAAACCGGCCUCGGGACCGUGCAAGCAACGGGGUCCUCCGUGUCCUGCCCGCAGAUGUACUUCACCACGGAUACCAGCGAAUUCCCGACAUCGAUCAUCGGUAUGCUUGCGGACAUCCCGCUGCUCCAGACCGUGACCGGUGCCAGCGAAGAGUGUCUGAGUCUUGACAUCCGCCGUCCAGCUGGGACGACCGCGGAAUCGAAGCUGCCCGUCCUUUUAUGGAUCUUUGGCGGCGGCUUUGAACUGGGUACAAAGGCGAUGUACGAUGGCUCGAACCUGGUGUCCACGUCUGUGGAUUUGAACAUGCCCGUGGUGUAUGUGGCCAUCAACUAUCGCGUGGGUGGUUUCGGGUUUCUCCCCGGGAAGGAGAUCAAAGAGGACGGCUCCGCCAACCUGGGGCUCCUGGACCAGCGCCGUGCUUUGGAGUGGGUGGCCGACAACAUCGAGGCCUUUGGCGGGGAUCCAGACAAGGUGACGAUUUGGGGCGAAUCCGCCGGCGCUAUCUCGAUCUUUGACCAGAUGGUCUUGUACGACGGCAACAACACCUACAAUGAAAAACCCCUGUUCCGCGGGGCCAUCAUGGACUCCGGCAGUGUCGUUCCUGCUGAUCCGGUUGACGGGGUCAAGGGCCAACAGGUGUACGACACGGUGGUCUCGGCCGCGGGCUGUUCGUCGUCCAACGACACGCUGAACUGCCUGCGGGAGCUGGACUACACGGAUUUCCUGAACGCGGCGAAUUCCGUGCCCGGAAUCAUCGGGUAUCACUCGGUGGCGCUCUCGUAUGUGCCUCGUCCCGAUGGGACGGCAUUAACGGCCUCUCCGGACGUGCUGGGCAAGGCCGGGAAGUACGCCAAGGUGCCGUUCAUCAUCGGCGACCAGGAAGACGAAGGCACGCUGUUUGCGCUCUUCCAGUCGAACAUCACCACCGUGGAUGAGGUGGUUGAAUACUUGAGCAAAUACUUCUUCUACGACGCCAGCAUCGAACAGCUCCAGGAGCUCGUGGCGCUGUAUCCGGACACCACGACGUACGGAUCGCCGUUCCGGACCGGCACCGACAACAACUGGUACCCGCAAUUCAAGCGACUGGCCGCGAUCCUGGGCGACCUGGUCUUCACGAUCACUCGACGGGCGUUCCUCUCGUACGCGGAGCAGAUCACGCCCGACCUGCCGUUCUGGUCGUAUCUGUCGUCGUACGACUACGGCACACCGGUGCUGGGGACCUUCCACGGGAGCGACAUCCUCCAGGUGUGCAUGGGGAUCUGGCCGGACUACGCAUCGAAGUCGAUCUACUCGUACUACUUCAGCUUCGUGUACACGCUGGAUCCGAACUCCAACCGGGGGUCGUAUCCGGAGUGGCCGCAGUGGAAGGGGGACCGGCAGCUGAUGCACUUCAACGCGAGCGAUGGGGGGCUGUUGACGGAUGAUUUCCGCAACGGGACGUAUGAGUAUAUCCUGCAGUAUGCGGAUGUGAUGCAUAUCUGAUGGGCUAGCCUAUUGGGG